GGGUCUAUCACAAACUCCCAUCCUGUGGUGAUCCCACUCUGCGCACUGUGCUUCCUGCACAGUUUCUUCUUCUCUACUCUUACUGAACUACCCUAAUGGCCGACGUCGCACCUCAAGAGGUCCCCGUACACGAGCCUCAGCCCCAGGAGGACGAGGUGCUGUCCGAAGGAUCCGGCGCGGUGGAGGCGACCCACCCUGAGACGGACGGAGAACACGAGGCCUCUGACGUGGUCGACGCAGCUUCGGAAAGCGGCCCUGCGGAGAGCGUGACGGAGGAAAAGCCCGCUGAGGUUGCCACGAAUGGGGAGAAGGACGCCGAGCCUGCUGCUGCCGCCGACAUGCCUAUCGAGGACGCGAAACCGGCCGCGUCUCCCCCCACCUCCCCGCGGAAGAUUAAAGCAAAGCCCUCCAUCAACUUCAAGCCCCCGGCCGGGAAGCCUGCAGCGGGUCCGCCGACGCCGCUGGUGAAGAAGAUCAUCAACUCGGGCACGUUUGGGUCUGGCGCGGUCAAGGCUGCACCCACCGCAGCGAAGACCACUGCUACUGCCGCGCCUGCCAGGACACCGUCUGCGACCACCGCACUCAAGAAGAGCGUCAGUGCUGGCGCGCCCCCUGCAAAGUCCUCCGCUGCUGCCGCGUCGAAAGCCAUGCCCCCGCCCCCGUCGAGACAGAACUCGAGCGCUGUCGCGCCCCCCGCGACGGCCCCGGUGAGACGUCAGUCUAUCGCUCCCAGGGCGCCGACCGCUGGUAUUGCUGCCGGCAGAACACCGCUGGCAUCCUCCACCUCAGCCAAGCCCCCACCUGCUCGUACCGCCACUGCUACUCCCGAUUCCACCACUGGGCUCAAGUCUUCGACGACUGCUCGUCCGCGCGCCUCGGUCUCCGAGGGCGUGAAGCGGACGGUUUCUGGCACUGUCAGGCCUGGUGCCGCCGCUCCUGGCACUGCCAGGCCUCCGAGCACGGCUUCUACUCGGGCUACGAGGACACCUGGAAGUCAGUCCAUUUCAUCCAUUAAGGAAGUUCGGGACGACAGCAAGGCGGUCACGGAGCUCCAGAGCAAGCUCGAUGGUGCCAACACUGCGCUCAGCUCCAAGACGGAGGCCAUUUCCGGCCUUGAGAGUGAAGUGGAGACCCUGAAGGCUUCCCUCCAAGCGGCCCAGGAGGACGUCGAGGCCAAGGCGUCUGCCAUAGCCGAGCUUGAGGCCGCUAAGGCGAAGGCAGAGGAGGAGCUCGCCGCGAUCCGUGCGACUCUGGAGCAGCUCCAGUCCGAGCAGUCCGGUGAUUCCGCACAAAUUGAGGCUGUCCGUGCAGAGCUCGAGGCAUCGAAGGCCGCCAAUGCCGCUCAGGCGGAGCUUGUCGCUUCUCUGCAGGCGCAGCUUGACGUACUCCAGGCAGAGGUCACCGCGGCGAAGGAGAACCUCGAGGCCAUCCGUGCCUCGGGCGACGCUUCUGCGGCGGCCGCUGCGGCGGCGGAGGCCGAGCACGCCGCGCUCCUGCAGGCGAAGGCUGACCUCGAAGCCAUCAAGACGGAGACAGACGCGCUCAAGGCUGAGCAGGACCAGGCUCUCGCGGCUGCGGAGGCGAAGAUCCAGGCGCUCGAGGAGAAGAGCUCCCGCGUCGACACGCUUCUCUCUGAAAUCGACGAGCUGAAGCGCGAGAAUGAGGAGAAGGCGAACAAGGUCUCGGAGCUCGAGGUGGAGAUCCUGGAGCUGAAGGACGACCAGGAGUCUUCAGGGGACGAGCACUCGAAGGCGCUCGCGCGUCUCCAGUCGCUUGAGGAGGAACUCGCGAAGUCUGUCGCCGCCGCUCAGCAGGCUCUCGAAGAAGCCCAGGCCAAGGAGGCCGCGUUUACUUCCCAGUGCGAGGAGACCUCGAAGGCUCAUUCAGAACAGCUCGAGAAGGCUGCGGCGGAGUACGCUGAGCUGCAGACGAAGCUCAGUGCUCUGGAAUCCGAGUUGGCUCAGGCCAUCGCGGCAAACGAGCAAGCGAAGGCGGAUGCUGCCGCCACAGCUGAGACGCAUCAAGGCCAACUUGCGGAAGCUGAGAAGGUCCGUCUGGAGGCUGAGGCGAAGCUGUCGGAGGACAUCGCAAGGAUCACCGCUGAGCUAGAGAGCCAAGAGGCAAAGUACAAUGAGAAGAUCGACGCUGUCAAGGCUGAGCACGAUCAACUCCUUCAAGAGGCAUUCGAACGUGCAAAGAACGAGGCCGGCGACGUUCACAGCCAGGAUCUCCAGAAGCUUCGUGCUGAAUCUCAGGCCGCCAUUGAGCAGCUUCGUGUCGCUCACCAGCACACCAUCGGUGAGCUCCAGGCUGAGCACCAGGCUGCGCUUGAGGACCAAGUCAAAGCGCUCGAGAAGCAGCUGGCGAACCAAGGUCUUGAGUUGAAGGCUACCCAGGAGGACCUCGCAAAGGCGAAGUCUGCUGUCGCUGCCGUCAACCAGGAGCUGGAGUCGACUAAGGCGCAGCUCGAGGAGGCACGGACGCUCGUGGCGUCCAUGGACAAGUCUGACAAGGACGAGGUUAUCGCGCAUCUCAGCCGCGACCUGGCCAACCUCCGCGAGGACCACGCGUCGCUCAACGAGAUGUUCCUCGCCACGAAGGGCUCGCUCGGGGAAAUGGCGGACAACCACGUGAAGGAGCUCGAGGAGGCCGCCAAGACGCGCGCGGAGGAGGCCACUAAGCUCCGUGCUGCUCACCAGGAGGAAGUCUCCGCGCUCUCGAAGGAGAAGUCGCAGCUGCUCACGCGGCUGUCUGACCUCGAGGGUGAGCUUGCCACGGCGAAGGCCACGCUUUCUUCGGGGCCUGCUACGCCCUCAAAGAGCAACGGCUCCGCGCACCAGCGCAGCGCGAGCGUGUCUCGGGACGACCUGCAGAAGCUGCAUGAGGCGCACAACGCGAAGAUGCACGACCUCGAGGCCGAGCACGAGCGGGCGAUCCGCGCGAUGAGGGAGGAGCUCGAGAUCACGCGUGUCAAGGCGGACGAUCUCCAGCAAGAGGUGGCGCGCAAGAUGAUGGAAAUUCAGUACCUCGAACAAGAUCAAGAGGAGAACCAGGACCAAAUCACACGGUAUGUCAAGGUUUUCGGUUUCAAGAGCUUUCUCGGAGCGAUUUUCACGCUGGCCGUGAUCUAUGGACUCUUUUGAUUAUUGCCUUCGUUUCAUCAUUCUAUUAUUGCUUAUCGACUCGGUCGCUCUCCUCCCGCUCGUUCGUCUUUUCCCGUUCGUAUAUUACUAUAUCCGGUGCCGCCAACGCUCAUUCCCCAUCUAUCUUAUUAUUCCCGCUCGGACGUUGACUUAAUACUCAUGCCACGCUCCUUUCCUUUCCACGCGUUUUCCCUUGCAGAUUGAAAGAAGACCUCGAGCACGCGCAGGAGCAACUGAAGGCCAAGGAGGACGCAUGAUGGACGAUACCAGGAGCCUCGUGGCGCCCGCGCGGAAGCCACACCUACGCGCGCCGGCUAUCUUCGCUUCGCCUCCUUGAAGGAACCUGCGCCGCUGUCUACGGGACGAUCGCCGCACGAACUCAACACACAAUACGCACCACUACAGGGUAAUACGUUUCCGCCUCUUCCUCCUCCUCAUACCCCCUUCUUUCGACUCCAGAUGCUGGCCCGGCCUCCCUACCCACUACUCCUCGACCCCUCUCUCCGCACGAUCCUCUUCCCUAUGUUACCCGCUGCAUUCCUAUACCCGCCUGCCGCUCGUACACCACCACCCAUGCCUGCUACGGACGCCCUGCUAGUCUACACAGUACUGUUGUUGUUGCGUAAUUGAAGCUUUUGAUGUUGGCGAG